AUGUCCAAGCACCCCCAAAUCGCACACGCAUCCACCGAGGCGGAUUCGUCCUCCAGCAGCGACGAUGGCUCGAACUCCAGCCUUCAGGUUAAGGAGGCGCACAUUCUACAAGAACGCAGGAUCGGCCUUCUUGGGGCGAUUUCACUCAUCGUGAACAAAAUCAUUGGUGCAGGAAUCUUCUCGACUCCAACUUCUAUUUUCAAACUAAGUGGCAGUCCGGGACUAGCCUUAAUUCUGUGGGUGGUCGCCGGAGUAAUCUCAACAUGUGGUGCCAUGGUACUACUCGAGUUUGGUAGCGGUAUUCCAAGAUCGGGUGGUAUGAAAGUCUAUCUAGAGCGGUGCUUUUCACCCCGACUUUUAGUAACCUGUGUAUAUCUCUUCUACUGUGCUAUUCUACGUGGGUCUUCUCUUCUCUUUUUUUCUAUCAGUCUUCAGUUACUAAUUUGGUUAUUCACUACAGAGACUUCGGCUAGUAACGCCAUCACAGCUUCAUCUUAUAUUCUCAAAGCCGCCUCAGUUGAUUCUACUACCUGGAAACUUCGAGGACUGGCUAUUUCUGCUGUCUCAUUUGCCGUCGGUAUUCAUACAGUGGCACCAAGAGUGGGAAGAGGAUUGCAAGAUGUUCUUAGCAUCGUGAAGCUAUUCACACUCUUUUUUAUCGUAUGCACAGGAUUCGCUGCCUUGGGGGGCCAUCUUAGGGUUCCUAAGCCAGACAACCUUUCUGUCUCUUCGUCAUUCCGAGGCACCUCGAGUAGCGGCUAUAAUAUCGGCACCGCAUUGCUAGAUGCAAUCUUUUCUUUCCAAGGAUAUGAUAAUCUAAAUGCGGUAGCUACCACUCACGCUGUCUUGUCUGAAGUAAAGAAUCCCCAGCGUACUCUUCGCAUAGCACUUCCUACCGCCAUGAGUCUGGUUACCGUGCUCUAUGUGCUAGCAAACAUUGCAUAUUUUGCCGGGGUUUCGCGCGAAGACUUCCUAGCUUCCGAUCUGACAAUUGCUGCCUCUCUUUUCAACAACGUCUUUGGCAAUUCUGCAGCUAUUAAAGCAUUGCCUGCUCUGGUCGCUAUCUCUGCCAUCGGUCACCUGCUAGGUGUGGCUUUCACUGUUUGUAUGUAUCGACGAUUUGUGGCAUCCUUUAUUUCUCAAGUCAGAGGCUUAUAUGAAAUGACAGCGCGAGUCUUGCAAGAAUUAGCCAAAGAUGGUGUCACGCCCUUUCCCAAUAUUGUCAUGCAAAAUCGACCAUUCAAGACUCCCAUUAGCGCGCUCGCAAUUCACCUGGGGGUGAGUAUUAUCUUAAUUUGUGCUCCUCCCGCAGGCGCUGCUUUCGAUUUUGUCGUUGGACUUGGAACUUAUCCUACAGUCUUUCUCUUGACAUUUGUUACUAUUGGAUUGAUCAAACUGCGCCUUUUAAAGGAUGAAGAUUUUCAAUCUAAUUUUAGAGUUCCUUGGCUGAUUUUGGGCUUCUAUCUCGCCAGCAACAUCUUUCUUUUGGUGAUGCCUUUUAUUCCUCCAUCUAGUGGUAAAGGUAACACCAGUCUUCCUUACUACCUUUCUCCUGUGGUGGCACUAGCUAUUCUAGCUGUUGGUGUCAUAUAUUAUACCAUCCGCUUUGUACUAUUGCCGUGGGUCUUUGGGUACAAGUUGGAAUCGGUGGUGGUCGAUUUGAGUGACGGGUCGCAAGUCUCCCGAUACAAAAUUAAGAAGACAACUUGA